AAACGUUCAAGCGAUUCAAGUAGAUUUAUGAUGAGUAUUUAGUAGAAUCGUAGAGAAUAUCAAAAUCUACAGAUAAAACAGAUUUAAAGCGUAUAUUUCUCAAAAUUUCUAAAAAUGGGUCGCGUCAGAACAAAGACCGUUAAGCGUGCUGCACGCCAAAUUGUCGAAAAGUACUAUGGAAAGCUCGGUUUGGACUUUCAGUAUAACAAAAAGGUUGCCGAAGAGGUUGCCUUGAUCCCAUCCAAGCGCAUGAGAAACAAGGUCGCUGGAUUCAUCACGCAUUUGAUGAGAAGAAUUCAAAAGGGACCCGUCAGAGGAAUCUCACUCAAAUUACAAGAGGAUGAAAGAGAAAGGAGAAUGGACUUUAUUCCAGAGAAAUCCGAGAUUGAUGUUCCAGUCAUCCAAAUCGAUCAGGAUACCGCUGAUAUGUUGACCUUUUUGAAGAUCAACAUUCCAAACAUCAAGGUUAUCUCACCAAACACCCACGAUCAUCGUGACAGACACUAAAUUUUUUGAACCUUCC